CCUAGCAGUCCCAUCCGAGAUGUCUUUAACAGCGCUCGUAUUGUUCGCGGUUUGCCUGACAGCCACAGCGGAGAAUCGCAAUGCUCUAAACGAAAUUAUAUUCAGCGGCGAUUUCGAAUUUAUUGAUCUGACACAUCCGUUUGAUAAUCAAACUAUUUACUGGCCUGGGGUUCAAAAUUUUGUGUUCACUCGGAAGAUAGCAAACUUGGAACCCGACGGAUCAUGGUAUGCUGCAAACGAAUUUGCUGCCGGAGAGCAUGGAGGCACGCAUUUGGACGCCCCUUAUCAUUUUUAUAGACACGGCCUGCGCGCCGGUGAACUGCCAUUGGAUUCGCUUAUCGUUCCGUUGAUUAUAGUCGAUAUAAGCAGUCGGGUAAAUGACGAUCCAAAUUUUGUUCUAUACAAAAUACAUUUGGAUUAUAUGCUCAAUGCAGAACAAAAAUGUAUAAUCAUUUUCAAAUUCGGAUGGAGUAAAUUUUACAAUGAUAAACAGAAAUACCUUGGGAUGACUGACAGUGGAAAACUGAAUUUUCCGGGUUUGAGUGAGGAAAUAGCAACGUGGAUAACGACCUCAUAUAAGAAGGUUGUUGGCAUCGGUGUAGAUGUCGCUUCAGUAGACCCUGGCUCAAGCCAAGAUUAUCCAGUACACAAAGUAGCUUCUAGUGCUGGGUUGUACAACAUUGAAAAUGUCAAUCUAAGUAGGGAUAUACCCGAAUAUGGUUGCACUGCCAUAGUGUUGCCAAUGAAAAUAAGACAGGGAACUGGAGCACCAGUACGAUUUGUAGCCAUUUGCCCCAAGAAACAUUAAUUUGCUUCGAUUAGUAUGAUUGAAUUUAUAAGAAAUCUAUGCGUAGUAAAGAAAACCAAUGAAUA